AUGUAUACAGUCUGCAUUCGCCUUCCGGAACCAGGCAUAUUCCUCGUUGAUGUUGAGGAUGUUUUCCUUGAUCCAAACACGGAUCUCCGCGUCGGUCACAUUCGCCGGGGAAACACCCAGCUCAUCAGCGAGGGUCUGACGCACUUCACGCUCAGAGGGCGUAGGGAGAGGGGCGUCGAUAGCGGCAACAACAGUGCCAACUCGCCCUUCAGCUUGGGCACGGUGUCUGUGAUUUUCUCCAUGUCGAAUGAAGACAGGGAGCGCCGAGGUCAGGUCGACGGCGUAGUGUUGAGUGAGGUCGACGGUGCUUUUUUGUGCGAGUCGACUGAGGGCAGCGUCGAGGUCAGGUCGACGCGCAGGAUACAGCAGGAUAGCGACUCCGGCUGCAGAAGAGGCUUCUCAGGCUUCUGGGCAGGGCUGAACCCUUGUCCUCUCAAUGCAUGCUGUGUCGUUUGGGGCGAGUGUGGUAUCACACCUGAGUUCUGCACAGAAACCGAACCUACCACUGGCAAUCCAGACGUUUACAGUAUUGAUACUUCAAAAUAUACCUAUGUUGUCUAUGUAUUUGGUCUGAUUGGUUCGGACUAUUCAAUCAGCAUCAACAAUUCACAGUCGGAUAUAGUUAACGAUUUCUUGGCCCUUGAUGAUGUCAAGAGGAUUGUCUUAUUUGGAGGCUGGGACUUUUCUACUAGCACAGAAACGUAUAUGAUCUUCCGUGAAGGUGUUAUAUCCGCAAAUCGCGAUACACUGGCCCAGAAUGUUGCUGAUUUUGUCUCUAUGAAUGGCAUCGACGGCGUCGACUUUGACUGGGAGUAUUCAGGAGAGCCUGAUAUUGAUAGUAUUCCCGCCGGUAGUGAUGAUGAUGGUACUAAUUAUGUGGCAUUUCUGAAAGCUCUUCGCUCGCUUAUUAGCGAUAAUAUCACUAUCUUAAUUGCUAUGCCGGCCUUAUUCUGGUACCUUCAGGCUUUCUCAGUUUCAGAUCUUAAUGAUAUUGUGGACUUUUUCAUCUUUAUGACUUAUGAUCUACACGAUGACCACCGCCAACUGUACUGGCCCCGACUGUACCUACACUGGACCGGAUUCGGGUGCUACUCCGGAAGAUGCACUCAAACUGCGGGGUAUAUUGCUAACGCGGAGAUUGAUGAGAUCAUUUCGAUUAAGUCCAACGUUCAAAUCCUCUUCGAUGAUGAUAGUGACUUGGAUAUUAUCGUCUACAACGACACACAGUGGGUCGGUUACUUGACAACCACUACAAAGAGCACCCGAACCACCUACUACAAGGGUCUCAAUAUGGGUGGUACAACAGAGUGGGCAAUUGAUCUCGAGCAAUUUGUUGACGAUCCUGAUGGUCUCGUGCUUCUCGAGUUGAGUGCUAAUCUUACUAACGCCGAGCAAUGUGUUUUUCCGGACCAAAGUACAACAACUUCUGAAGAGGCAAGCUCGGAAAGAAAAGUGGCGAUUUAUAUCGAUUCCUUACGUCAUUUGAAAACGAACACUCGGGAUCUGCUGCUUGUUGGGACCGAGAACUCUUUGGCGAUGAAACUACGCGAUGUUCUUCUUUGA